AUGACACCGGCAGUGCGACUGCUUCAGAGUCAAACUGGCGCAAUCAACAGCACCAGAAACGCCUCGCCAGUCAAGAAAGAACGGCCUCCAAUGACGGUGAAUGAUGUGUUACCAGACCCCUUUGCGGCCCCAAGACGUAACAGAAGAACGUUUAUUGCGUUUUGUGUUGUGAUGGGCGUUUCUCUGCUUGCCAUCUUCAACUACGAGAAGGUUUCGUCUCCAAUCAUGAACGCUACAAUGUAUUUUCUACGGAGAUCUAAAGUUGCCCGUGAAAAACUGGGCAAAUCCAUCACUUUUGAGGGUAACGUUCCAUGGAUCAAGGGAGAACUCAACACAAUGAAGGGUAACGUGGACAUCCAAGUGCGAGUUGCCGGAGAUUCUGCCGGAGCGUUGAUGAAAUUGAAAGCUUCCAGAAGCAACAGAGGUGAGAGUUUCCAGAUCGCCGAGUGGCAGCUGCUUCUGGACGACGGCUCUGUUCUGGACCUGUUGAAGGACGAAAGUGUGAAUUUAGAAUUUUGA